UGGCAACAUGGCGUCCGGUGGCCGGUGUUCGAUCCAGAUCUACAAAGAUCUCAGCGGAUUAGAGACGCUUUUAAAUGUCCAUCGGUGCGUCUUUAUUCAAGGAGAAACUACAUUAUCAUUUAUUUGAACCUUUUUGCAUUUUUUUUUAUUUGAUGUCUUACCUCUCAGCACUUAUUCUGCCGCUGUUCCACCAUAAAUCAGGCUGAUCUUGUUUGUCAGAAAAUUAACUUUACGGAAUAAUGACACAAAUCCAAACGCGAGGAAACGUCAUUACACGCAGAUCCGUGGAGGUUUAAUUCAUUAACAGGACGUCUGUUAACACUGUCCGGGAGUAAAAAGCUGUGGUGGAGUUUAGGGUUCCCGGUCCUGUGUGGGAUGUUAACGGACUGGUGGUGCCUUGAGGCUGAAGGAGCAUGGUGAAACACCAACCCUUACAGGUCUAUGAGAAGCAGGUCUUUGUGUCCUUUGUCGCCGGUAUCUAUGGUUGCCGCUGGAAGCGCUAUCAGCGUUCCCAAGAGAACAGCUCCAAGUGGGAAUGUACAUGGUUUACCAUUUUGUGUGGCUCAUUCCUUCUCCUUCUCUUCUGGAUCUACUUCUGGUUGGUGGCUCAAAAUGAUUUUAACGAGUUCACCUGGUCCAUAUAUAACCGCUCUGGAGAAUGGAAGGAUGAGACCAUCUCCAUCAUCACAUCCACCUCUGUGGGGUUCAGCUAUGUAACAUUCUUAAUGAUUUUAGCAUUUUUCCACAUAUCCUUGGGACAACAGCUCAACCUCUACUGGCUUCACAAGAUUGGAGUGUUGGCGACGCUGCUCACCACCAUCUCUGGCAUCAUCUGUAUUAAUGACUUAUGGGGGGAUGAAUGGAGCAUCCUUCUGGUGUCACUGCAGUCCACAGCGCCUUUCCUACACAUUGGUGCUCUGGUAACAGUCACAGCACUCGGCUGGUUGGUGGCUGGAUCGGUGUUCCACAGGGACAGAACUAAUUUCCAGGUGAUGGUGUUGCUGAUCUACAUCAUCAUCCUCUUGGCUCUCUAUCUUGCUCCUCUUACAUUCACCUGCCCCUGUGUGAUGGACCGGCCCCUGAGCCUCAAACCCCAGCCACACAUCAUUGGUCGACGAGGAGCUCCUAUGCUGGCUCCAGAAAACACUGUGGUGUCCUUCAACAGAGCCCUGCAGCAGGGAGUCAGCACCCUGGAAGCCGACGUCACCAUCAGUGUGGACGGGGUUCCAUUCCUCACGCGAGAUCGCACUUUCAAACGAACCACAGAUGUGAGCAAGGUCUUUACAGAAAGACAAGACCAGGACGCUUCAUUCUUCAACUGGACAGAGGUUCGCUGUCUGAACGCAGGCCAGUGGUUUCUGGAGACUGACCCCUACUGGACAGUGAACACCCUGACAGCGAGGGACCGCAUCAGAAUUGGCAACCAGACAAUUUGCAGCCUGGUGGAAAUGCUACGUCUGGCAGCCAGAGCCAACAGCUCUGCACUGUUGAACAUCCGCAGGCCUCCACCACAGCAUCCACGCCACCGAAGCUGGUUCAUGGACAUCCUGUGGGCUCUGCAGAAAGCAGGAAUUAACCAAAAGAGGGUGACGCUGACACCUGAUACAGACAGGGGAAGGGUUCGAGGACUUCAGCAGACAACCCAUGAGAAGCUGUCGGCACAGGAGAUCAAGCAGCGUGGAAUUACCAGCGUGACCCUCCAUUACAGCAAAGUCAGCCCCCAAGACAUUCAGGAUUAUCUGACCAAUAAUGUGAGUGUGACUGUCUACCCUGUGAACCAGCCCUGGCUUUUCUCCAUUCUGUGGUGCAGCGGGGUGCCUUCUGUGUCCUCUGAUGCCCCUCAAGUCCUCAGGAAAGUGCCUUACCCCAUCUGGCUCAUGAGCCAGAAAACUUACAACUUUACCUGGAUCACUUCAGAUCUCAUCUCUGUCGCCGUAGUCAUCGGGAUUUUCUCUUUUCAGAACUAUCAUUCCAUCAGGUGGAGGAGGAGCGGGAUGCAAUCAUGUAACCCAGAACAGAUCAUGUUGAACGCCAUGGUGCGUUGUCCCAGCCACGACGUCAACACUAUGAAGGAGAAGCUCAUAUUUUCAGAGUUGAACAACGGGAUGAGCAGCACAGAGGAGCUUUCUCUGUAUCCUGACAAUGGUUAUGUGUGAUUUCCUCAGGGACAUCUGAACACACUGGUCACCUUAGCUGGAAAAACAUUUGUUUCGGUGUAGACCAGUGUUUCUUAAAUUUUUUCAGACCAAGGACAACUUGACCCCCCCCCAAACAUCCUGUGGACCAUAUAUCUUCCCAAAUAGCCAACCAGCAGUAUAUUACGAAUUACAGCCAAGUAUUGACGACAUUACAAACAGCUUUGUUUACUCAGUCACAUGUAUGCUACUAUUAUUUAGAGUCAUUUAAACUGUUUAACACUUAAGUUACA